AUGGUUGUUCCCACCUUCGCCGGCAUGUCGGGACAGCUCUUGUCGCGUGCAGUUACUACAAUUGCGACACUGGAUGGUAUCAUGAGUGGUAUCAUUGACGCUCAAGCCUUCACUGAUAUCAUGACCGAGUUGAAAGGCAAUGCAACUAUGCAGGGCACCGUCACUGCUCUUUAUGAGAUUGGCUGUCUUUUUGGUGCCAUCUUCAUGCUCAUAUGGGGUGACUGGCUCGGUCGUCGCAGGGGUAUAAUCAGGGGUGCCAUUAUCAUGAUCCUCGGUGUUAUUGUACAGGUGACUUCUUAUGCCGGCAAGCAGCCUCUCGCACAUUUUACUAUCGGGCGUAUAAUCACUGGUGUGGGUAACGGAAUGAACACUUCUACCAUCCCCACCUAUCAGGCCGAGUGCUCUCGGACCUCAAACCGUGGUCUUCUCAUCUGUAUAGAGGGUAGUACCAUUGCCAUUGGUACACUGCGUUUCCCUAUUGCCUUCCAGUGCGUGUUUGGCUUGUUCAUUAUCGUCGGUAUGAUCCUUCUGCCCGAGUCGCCGCGCUGGCUUUUCACGCGUGAGCGCUAUGGAGAAGGUGAGAAAGUGAUUGCUGCACUGCUGGGCGCCGAACCGGACUCCCACGAGGUGACACUACAAAAGCACAUCAUUAUGGAUUCUAUCCGCGCCUCUGGUCAGAUGGGGAAGACCACCCCAAUGUUCGCCGUCUUUGCCGGUGGCAAGACUCAGCACUUUCGUCGUAUGCUCCUCGGAGUUUCGUCCCAGCUCAUGCAGCAGAUUGGUGGCUGCAAUGCUGUUAUCUACUAUUUACCUAUCCUCUUCAGAGACUCGAUCAAGCUGGAGGGAAAGCUUCCAUCUAUUCUCGGUGGUGUCAACAUGAUUGUCUACUCUAUCUUUGCCAUUGCUUCUUGGUUUUUGAUUGAACGGGUCGGUCGUCGGAAGCUUUUCCUCUACGGUACCGUUGGCCAGAUGGUCUCAAUGCUCAUCACCUUUGCUUGCUUGGUUCCGGACAAGGCCGGCCCAGCCAAGGGUGCUGCCUUCGGUCUUUUUAUCUACAUUGCUAGCUUUGGUGCUACUUGGUUGCCAUUGCCCUGGUUGUACCCGGCUGAGAUCAGCCCGAUCAAGACCCGUGCCAAAGCUAACGCGUUUUCAACAUGCUCCAACUGGCUUUUCAACUUUUUGAUUGUUAUGGUGACUCCGAUGAUGAUCAAAAAGAUUAAAUGGGGAACAUAUCUCUUCUUUGCAGCGAUGAACGCUUGCUUUUUACCCGUUAUCUACUUUUUGUAUCCCGAGACUGUCCGCCGUUCUCUGGAGGAAAUUGAUCUGAUAGUUGCUAAGGGGUUCUCGGAAAAUAUAAGCUAUUUGCGCGCUGCAAAUGAGCUACCUUUCCUUUCUGACGAGGAUAUUGAGUGUGUCGCGAUUCAGUAUGGAUUCGGUGCUGCGGACGAGCCGAAGCCUAAUGAGCUUAAUGAUAGCGCGGGGAAUACCUCUCAGACCAAGACUGGUUGA